GCCGAAGUGAGCACUUGUUUUACCCUAAAUAAUGCCAGAACCUGGAAUUUUAUAACCAGUUGGCAGCUCUGUUUCGAUGUUCUUGUCGGCCGGCCGGAAUUUUGUUCGUGUUUUCAGUUCUCGUCAUCUUGCAACUUGUGGUGCUAGAAUGGCGAGCGAAGUGGAAAAAGCGCAAACGGCAGCUGCCAGUGAAGAUACGAUUUUCGGAAAGAUUUUGCGCAAGGAGAUACCCUGCACUUUUAUCCACGAGGAUGACAAGUGCGUGGCCUUCCACGAUGUGGCCCCACAGGCACCAACCCACUUUUUGGUGAUCCCCCGCAAGCCGAUCGCCCAACUUUCGCUGGCGGAGGAUGGAGAUGCUGAGUUACUGGGCCACCUCAUGUUGGUGGGUCGCAAGGUGGCCCAGGAUCUGGGUCUGAAGGAGGGAUACCGUGUGGUCAUCAACAACGGAAAGCACGGUGCCCAGUCGGUUUACCAUUUGCAUUUGCACUUCCUCGGCGGUCGCCAGCUGAAGUGGCCUCCCGGCUAAAAUACACCAAACAUCCUAUAUAAUCCACAAGAUCCGAGAUCAUUAAACCCCAAGGGACAUUAAGCUCCAAGAGAAAAAUAAAAGAAUUUAUGGAAAGCAAAA